AUGGGCAGCACCAGGAGGGGCUGGGAUGGGCAGCGGGAGCUGCUGCGGCUCCGGGAUGUGCAGCUGGAGCCCCGCGGGACCUCCCUGCCCCCAGGGACACCUCACAGGCCCCGGGGGCAGCGGGAGCCCGGGGGUGACGCUGUCGCGGCCCCGUGCAGGGCCAGCUCCGCCAGCCCGGACCCGGCUGGUCCCGGACCCGCCACCCCCAUGCCGGACACGCCGGGGGGGUGCCCCCCUCGCUGCCCCAGCUCAGCCCGCAUCUACAGCAACGUGGGAGAGCUGCGUGCCCACCUCGUUCCCCGCAAGUCCAGCCGAGGGGAGGGCGCUGUGAGACCCCUCCCCCGGGCCCAGCCGGACCCGCCGCCUCCCCCCCUGCCCAAAAAGCAGCUCCAGCGAGCCGAGUCCCUCCCGGCGCCGGCAGCAUCCCAUGACGACCCUGAGGCACGGGCUGGCAGCAUCCUGUACAGCAUCCCCGCAGGACAGGGGGCUCCCCCCCGGGACAGACCCUCCAAGAAGCCCCUGAGCAAGUCCCAAAGCCUGGGGGAGCCGCUGACCCUGAGCAGCCCCCAGAAAGCCCCCUCAGGCAGCCUGAAGGAGCUGACAUUUGGGACCGGGGACGGGGAGCUGGGGCAGCUCCUGGAGAGCCCAGCCGGGGUCUCUGGGAGCGGGGACGCCUGGUACUUCAGGGUGGGCUUCACCUUCGAGCACAGCCAGCUGCAGUUGGCAGCCAAGGUCCCCAAGCCGUGCUGCUCCAGCCUGGGCGUGCAGAGCUCCCUGGGCACACACUGCAGCAUCCAGCGCCUGCUCGGCCGCUUCACCGACCGCUUCCCUCGGGAGCUGGUGCUCCCAGGAAUCCCUGGAGCGCAGAGCCAGGGCCCUUCCAGAGAGGAGCCAGCCUGUCCUGCCCCCCAGCCCGUCCUGCAGGUGCUCCUUUGUGCCGAGGUUCCCCAGCAGACCCUGGCAGAGUUUGUGAAGGGCUCCCACGCUUUGCACAGGAGCAGCCCCGGGCACUAUGAACGCCUGGGCUGCCUCCUGCUGCUGCAGCUCUGCAUGGGGCUGGAGCACCUCCAGGGGCAGAACGUGGUCCAGGGGGACCUGUGCCCUGAGAACCUGCUGUUGGUGCAGUGCCCAUGUCCCCCCCAGAGGCAGAAGGAGCUGCUGGGACUGUCCCUUCCACGGCUGCUCAUCAGCAGCUUCUUCAAGGUGCAGGAGAAGCAGAGACCUUGUUCCAGCAGCCAGGAACUGGACUGGAGCCAGGCUUUUGCUGCACCCUCCCCUCCAACAGCAGCUGAGCUGAACUUGGGCAGGCUGAUCUAUCAGAUCUUGCACGUGGAGAUCUACCUGGAGGACAUUUUGGACUUCAGAAGCAAAAGGCUCCCCGAAAUCCCCUUGCUGUCCAUCUACUCAGCAGGACUGAAGCGCUUGGCCUCGCUGCUGCUGCACAGGGAUCCUUACCAGAGGGUGUCCAUCCUGCAGGCCAGGGCCAUCCUGCAGGUGCUGCUCUGGGGGCCACGCCAGGAGCUCUUUGCCAGUAGCAGGAAGAGCCUGGAGCUGCUCCGGAGCUGGCUGCAAGUCAAGAGGGCUCUGCUGCUCCUGAGGUUUGCAGAGAACUCAGCUGGGGCUGGGGUCAGCCCCGGCCUGGAGGAGUGGCUGUGCUGCCAGUACUUCCAGGGGAUCACUGAACACACCCUUUACCAGGUCACCCAGGUUCUCUAUGCUCCCUGA